UCCUCUCUGUCUCUCUCUCUCGGUUCACAGUGUGUAGCUGCGAAAGAAAAAAAGAAAUAAAUAAAUUUCAACUGGUGCGAAACACUCGUAAUGUGAUAUAUAUAUUAAAGUAGUGAGAGUGCAGGUGUUUAUACAUAUACAAGGUGUGCAUUGAAAGGUGAUUGACUACUGCAAACGGUGAUAUUGUCUAAUAUAAGUGCACAAGCUCGAUAUCUAUACGUGUACGUAUAUAGAUAUACCUGGAUGUAUACCUGUAUACGUCGUUAAGGCUGUAUAAAUACAAUGACAGAUAACUAGCAAAACUCUUCUGCCACGAGAUAAUGCUUUUGAGUGACUGCUGAGAUCACAACUGAUCAAUGGUACGACGUGAGUUCUUGCAGUGAUAGUCGAACGGAUGUUGCAUCAUCGUCAUCAUACAAUUAUUUCAAGUGCGAGGUCGAGCUGCACUCGUUCCCGUGCGACGCCGCGACGGAUUUGGACGGGAAGCGAAGUGAAGCUUAUCUAGCCAGCCCUGGCGGGCUGGCCGAGCCGCCAGAACAGCAGCAGUUGCAGCAGCAAGAAGAGCAACGAGAACGAUUGAAGGACCUGCUGCGGAGCAUCCAGCAGCAUCCUCGCGACAGCUACCUCGAGGAGAGCCAAGCCGAAGUGAUCAGCUGGUACGGCAGGAUGGCGUUCACGGCGAGCAACGGCCUGAGCGAGCGUCUGCGCGCCGAGCACCACUCGGUCUCGCCGACGUCGCAGCACAGCUGCACCGACUCGGACGGGGGCGGCAGCAGCGACAGCGAGCCACAGAGGCCGGCGCACAAGCGACGCAUCGUCCACGACGAGUACAACAACAACGAGGUGACCAAGCGCCAGUGCAUCGAGACCGACCGCAACGAUCCUCGCUCGCUGCUGCUCGCCGAUAAAAAGAGUCAGGAGGAGGAGCAGCAGCAGCAGAGCAGCCAACAGCCUCGAUCGGCCAAGCAGCAGCAUCAAUCGGACUCGGGUCCGCACACGUGCGACAUCUGCGGCCAGCAGGACUUUCCCACCUACAAACUGCUCGACGCGCAUCUCGAGCAGAGUCAUCCGGACGAUCCGAUCAGUUGCCCGGAGUGCGAUGUCGCCUUCAAGAACUAUCGCACCUACAGCGUACACAGGUACAUGUCGCACUCGAGCUCCACAACGACGACGACGCCGACGCCGACGACGAGGCAGAGCAGCGCCGAGUACAAUCACAACAGCGUCGUGGGCUUCUCCGACCUGACCUACGUGGACUUUACGAGCGACAAGUUCCCGUCGAUAGCGCGGGCCGCCUGCGAGCGAGCCCGACACAGGCCGUCCUCGAGCGACGAGGCCCACCUCAGCUUCCAGUGCGACAAGUGCCAGCGCGCCUUCCCCUGCCGCUCGGCCGUCGAGGCGCACGAGUUCGACUGCGGCCGGAGAUCGCCGCCCUUCGAGCCCGAGCACUCGCGGCGCAACGACUUCUUCGCCGGCCUCGAUCUGCAGAACAAGUCGUCGUCGAGCGAGGUCAAGGACAGUCGCGAUCUCGCCGACAUACAGAGCAUCAUCUCGGUGACCUCGGGCCCGAUUCUCCAGGGUUUCGGCGCCGGUCACCACGGCGAGUUCGAUCACGGCCGGCGACGCUCGGCUCACCUGCCCACCGAGAUGAUGUCGAUGAGCUCGGAGCAGCAGCAGCAGCUGCAGGAUCAGCACCCCCAGGAGGAGGAGGCGCAGGACGCGUUCGCCGCCGAGUUCCGGCGCAUGAAGCUCAAGGGCGAGUUUCCCUGUCGGCUCUGCAGCGCCGUCUUUCCGAAUCUGCGCGCCCUCAAGGGCCACAAUCGGCAGCACAUGAACGUGUCGGCCGGCCAGUCCUAUCCGUGCAACAUGUGCUCGUACAGCCACCCGGACAAGGCCACGGUGAUCAGGCAUCUGCGCUCGCACAACGGCGACCGGCCCUACGAGUGCUCGCUCUGCAACUACGCCUUCACCACAAAGGCCAACUGCGAGCGGCACGUGCGCAACCGGCACGGCAAGGUGACCCGCGACGAGAUCAAGCGGGCCCUCAUCUACCAUCCGAACGAGGACGCGACCAACGACAGCAGCCUCGAGCAGAGCUCGCCCCGCAGCGGCUCGCUGCGCGCCGACGACGUGCGCAAGUCUCACAUCUACCUACCCGGCGCGGAGAAGCGGCCGGAGAUCCACGCCGACAACAUCCUCUCCUCGCUCAGAGUCAAGGACGUGGAGGCUGUGGUGAAGGCUCAACGAGCCGUCGACGAGUUCGAGGAGCCGCUGCGCAAGCGACACUCGGACGAGGCAGACUCCCAUUCCUCGGACGGCGACGCCGCGGUCGUUCGUUCGGCGGCCAGUCAGGAGGCGCUGAUGGAUCGCAAGAAAGACAGUCCCAUUCAUCGCUACUCGAGACUCGACGAGAUUCCCUUGGAUCUGUCGAUGGACGUGCUGGACCUCAGCAAAAAGGCAAAGGCCGCGGCGGCCGCCAAAGCCGUCGACGCGAUCGCGAUCGGGCAAGACGCCCGGACGAGCAAGAACGGCCUGGAAAAUUCGAGCAACGAGCCCAAGGACGUCUACAGCGGUAGCCAGGACCACUUGCUGCUGACUCAAGCGCUUCUCAAAGCCACCAACAUGGGAGCUCCCCCCUCGUCGCUCGAGUCCCUCUACGCCAAUGCCCAGAUGAUCUAUCGCAACUUGCCCGGUUUCCCGCUGCCGUUCAACAUGUUCCCGUUCUUCGCCCAGGAUCUCAGUACCAAAGACAAGCCACAGAAGGAGCUGGUGCGCGGCCUACAGACCAGCGGGGGCAGCCUCGUCGAGCCGUCGAGCAACAGUCCCGUCGUCGGACACUCCCUCGGCCACUCGCCCAAUCCGAUCAACUCCGAGCACAACGACUACGUGGCGCUCAUCAAUCAGAAGCUCAUGAACAAGAGCGGCAGCAGCAGCGGUGGCGGCGGUGGUAGCAGCAGUGGCAUGCACGGCAGGGCCGACAAGAUCGAGACCUCGCCGUCGUCCAACUCGGUCAAGAUGGUCAUCAAGAACGGCGUGCUGAUGCCCAAGCAGAAGCAGCGCCGCUACAGGACCGAGCGGCCCUUCACCUGCGAGCACUGCUCGGCCAGGUUCACCCUCAGGAGCAACAUGGAGCGCCACAUCAAGCAGCAGCAUCCGCAGCACUGGAGCCAGCGGCCGCGAGGCGGACACUCGAAUCGCGGCCGACCACCGGCCAAUCCGCCCACGCUGCUUCAGAGCCUCAGGCACUCGCAUCUGCCGUCGAGCUAUCCGACCCUGCUGCCCAAACUGAGCCAGAGCUACAAUUACGAGAAGCACGAGAUCUCCGACCAAGUCAAGUACGCCAUUCUCACUCAACACCUCAAGUCCAACAAGUCGCUCGAGCACGAAUCCGACGAGGAUCUCGUUAUCGACGAAGAGAGCGUCAAGGAAGAGAAGGAAGGUAACAAAUCAAAAGACAAAACUCUGAGCUUGCUGAGAGACAAGUUGGAGUCCGGUAUCGUAAAUCAGAGUCACGAGGCCGACGGCCUCAAAGUAGAAAUAGAUACGAAACAGGAGCUGGCCUCGCCGGAAAGCGAUAGUAAAUUAUACAAAAAACGUGCCAACACGAUCGAAGACGAGCUCGAUCAGUCGAGGAUCGGCGAGAAGACGAGCGAGCGCGGGGGCGUCAAGGCGGAGAAGCAGGAGUCCGAGGAUCUGGCCAGCGUCUCGGAGAUUCUCGACAACGCCUCGCAGAGGUACCAGCAGUUUCAGCCGCAGUACAUCAGCGACGAGGAGGGCCUCGUGGCCUCGACGAGCGACUGCAGCGACGACAAGUCCGACUCGUUCAAUUCGGGCUCGGGCUCCUCCUCCGGCCGCAAGAAGAAGAAGAAGCUGAAGAAGAAGAAGAAGGCCAAGUCGUCGGCCUACUCGCUGGCCCCGAACCGGGUCCUGUGCCCGUACUGCCAGCGAGCCUUCCCCUGGACCUCGUCGCUGAGGCGUCACAUCCUCACGCACACCGGUCAGAAGCCCUUCCAGUGCACCUACUGCUCGCUCCUCUUCACCACCAAGUCCAACUGCGAUCGCCAUCUGUUGAGGAAGCACAAGAAUUGCCUGAAUCUGAAUCUGAUCCGUAAUCGGGCGCGCAGCACCUCGUCGCCGGAGGUGCAGGAAGCGGCAAAAGAUAGUAUUAUUAAUCAAACGACGACGACGACGAGCAACACUACGACGGCUGCUAACGUCGCCUCGAGCAUCUCGGCGUCGCACGGGGCUCUGGCCCUGCGCAACGUUCCCGAGCGCCCCUACAAGUGUCACCAGUGCCCGAGCUCGACGUUUUCCACCCUGGGCAAUCUGAAGAAGCACCGCACGACCAAGCAUCCCCUCGCGGAUAAUCAAUCGUACACCAAAGCUAACGAGUCAAAUAAACUUGAUAAACCAAAUAAAGCCGAAGACGGCGAAGAGAUGGCGAGGGCCGAGGAGGAGGAAGUGGACAAGGUACGAUCGUACAGCGUCGAGUCCGACGCGAGCCUUCGAGAUAGCCCUCAGCCGUUCGAUUAUCAGACGGCCGGCCUGGCCGAGUAUUCGAGCGCCAAGAGGGACUUCCGGGAGAGCCAAAUGAAAGCGAGCAACGACCAGAGCGACUACGACAGCCAAUCGUCCGGCGUGUCGGACCACAUGGAAUCUUCCGGCUCCGUCAAAGCGGCCACGAGUUCCAAGACCUUGAUGAUGAGCAGCAGCAGCAGCAGUGCCAACAACAACAACAAUAACAACAACAGCAGCAGCAACAACAACAACAAUAACGCGACGUCGCCCUCGAACAACGACGCGGCGUCCCGCUCGAGACGACAGUCGCCGCAUUUGUCGCCGGGCAUGGUGAACAGCGACACACCCUUCAAGUGUCACCUGUGCGACUGCGGCUUUCCCGAGCGGCAGGACUGCCUCGAUCACAUCAGGGACAAUCACGAGAAGUCGUACGAGGUGCUGGUCGCCAAGGGCGCCCUCGACAUGGAGAUCGACGGCGUGGACGAGCUCAUGCCGCAACAGCUGGUGGCUCAACAGCAGCAAGCCUCCAACGCCAGCGACGGCGAGGACAAGAAGGGCCGCUUCCCUGACUACAGCAACAGAAAGGUGGUAUGCGCCUUUUGCAUGCGUCGCUUCUGGUCGGCGGAGGAUCUCAGGCGCCACAUGCGCACUCACACCGGCGAGCGGCCCUUCUCCUGCGACAUCUGCUCGCGGCGCUUCACCCUCAAGCACAGCAUGCUGCGCCACCGCAAGAAGCACGAGUCCGUCGACUCGAGCAUGUACGUGGGCACGAGCGGCGACGAGGACUACUCCAUCAAUCAGCAUCAUCAUCAUCAUCAUCAUCAUCAUCAGCUGGCACCCGUGACGACGAGUGGCAUGCGCACAUCACUGCCCCAGGUCGCCGCCGUGGCCACGGCGGACGCCGCCCCAACUAGUCUUACGCACUUCAGCCCCUACGAGAAAUUGUCGGCCCUGCAGGGCAAGCUGAUGGCCGGCAGCCAGCAUCAACAGGCGAGCAGCCUCGACUCCAACGACAACAACGACAACGAUUUGAUUUCCAAUCUUCUAGGCAUUAAGGGACACAUGGUCGACGAGGUGCUGCAAGCUUCGGCCGACGACGCGGCCAAAUUACUCGGAGUCAAGGGAAAUCAGGAGUAAUUGAGCUUUAGUAUAUAAUCCAAUUAAAAGGUUUCUCGUAUCUUUUACGUGCUAAAUACAAAAUAACGAAGGGAUGCUAUUCUAAUCAAUGGUCAUUGAACUAAUAAUAUGUGUUGUAUAAGGCAUUUUUUGGACAUGAUCGUGAAUUUUUUUUCUAUACUAAAGGCUGAACUUUUACGUUACUAAGUCAGAGGAGAAUGAUAACGAUUGUAAUUUGAUGAUUCCUCGUUGAGUAAAAUCCUAUUCAUACAACGAAUCAUACAGAUUUAUCCAAAGAUAUUAAAAUAAAAUAAGGUACUAUAUACAGUCGAAUUCUUACAUCACUGGAAAGAUGAUUUUGUAGAAUAAUGAGCGUACGUGCGUUGAUAUGCAAAAAUGUUUUAUCGUGUGAAUGUUUAUCGAUUUGCGAGUCAGUAAUUAUAGGGUAUAAUCGAGAAAAAAUCGAGGGCGAGUUUAGUUUUAACUCAAUGAAAAUGAAAAAAAACGUUGCAAUUACAGAUAUAUUGCGUUUUGCACCAAAUCGAGCAUGGAAAGAAAAAUAAUGUAUCUAAAUAACGAGUCAUGCAUCCUAAAUACUUGCGCAUUUCUUUUCGUUUCAUAUUUUUAAUCGUUAAUAGUGAAAAAAAAAAUUGACAUCGUCGAUGAUGCGUAAAGAGAGGCGAGUUCGAUUAGCUCUCUUUAUGGUGUGCAACAAACUCGAUGCUGCAUGCACAAACUAUUAUAAUGAAGCUCCGCGUCGAAACCCCAUUGCACCGAUGUCAGCGGGCCUCGUAUCACCUUAUCGUCUGCGGACUGCGAAGCUUAUAUUUAUAUUACGUACAACGUAAAUAGAUAUAACUGGCCUGGCUACAUUGAUUGUGAUAAGAGGCCUGCCGUUACAUCAGGGUGUCGAGCACGAGAGGGAAAAGUUCGUAUGCGGUUGAAUAUGUCAAAAAAUAAUCUUUCUGACUUUUAAAGAGAUGACAUCUAUAUUGAAUAAUUUUUCUCAUAUUUACUUUUUUGACAUUGAGCUUUAUUCAAAAUAAAAUGCACGAAGGUUCAUAAAACUUAAUAUUCAAAAUAUUACAUUUUGCAUUUUCUCUAUUCUCCGCGUAUCCGUCGUUCUAUGAAACGAUUGCGCUCUCAUUUUGGAAUAUCUAUAUCAUGCAUAUACUAUUACAUCAAUAUUAUUUAUGUUUGUAUUUAGAUAUUUUUUGUACCAAUAGUUAAUUACGAUGAAUUUCUUAGAUAGAUGUAUUAUACACGGAGUGAAUUAUGAAUUAAAUUCUUCACUGAAUAAUUUAGAAAAAUUUCAACGAGGCAACGAUUUGCUACUAAUUACGAAUAAAUGGCAAAUUCUAUAUACAUAUCUAUAUAUAUAUGUUUGAGUAAAUAUUUACACACUCAUAUAUAAAUAUUUAUAUAUACAAGUAAAAAAUGUAACAUAAUUCAAUAUUUACAAAAGUAUAGCGUGUAAGUAUAAAAUAAUUACAUGCAGAGGCAGCCCAAAAGAGCCUUAUUAGUUUUAAACAAAAAAUGUGUAUUUGAUGUAAUAUAAAAAAUUAAUAUUAAAUUUUAAUGUCGUUCGUUCAAAUUCCAAAGAGUGGUUUGUCUUUGGCAUACCCGUUUAUAUAUUGUCUAUUAUUUCAAUUAAAUAUCGACCACUUGCAUUACACAAUUAAUGUGUAAAUCUUUGUCGGAUAAGUAUAGUAAGUAUGCCUAAGAUUAUUAGUGAAUUUAAUAUGUAUUCUUCAAUGAAAGAUUCGCUAAUAAGCUCAGGCACUGCACUGAUUGGUACAUAAUUUUACUUAUUAAGAUUAGCUGGGACUGCGAUUUCUUAUUAUGUUGUACGAAAAAAAGUAAAUAAAAAGGUAUUCAUUUUCUGAA